CUGGUUUAUAAUCUUACAUGGAGGAAAGUCACUUACCCGGUUCUCCCCAUACUUUCAGAACCAUAUAAAGUGGCAUUAUACGCGCCCCCCAAACUCACCAUAUCAACAAACACAGCACAAAGACAAGACUACCCAAGGACCCCCUUCAUGCAAAAUAAACAAUUUCUCAAGUGCCGAGAGCAGCACCCGUGUUUGAUUCUGAGCUAUACAAAGACUGGAUAUAAUUUCCCUAUUAUUAGAACUGUACAAACCACACACAUCCUCUUUAUCCACCACCACCACCACCACCACCACCAACAACCACAUGAACUCACUUCAGAGCCGCACCCCCAACACAAACCCCAUGCAAUGAUGCAAAUUCACACCCCUUACACCUAGACUGCCUAAAUCCUAGCACCGGCUCCGAGUCAAGCGGAAAGCGG